AUGGCACCACCCAAUCCGAAAGUUAAAGCGGCUUUUUGCGCAAUGACGAUCCUUGGCAUUCGACCACACUGUCUUGUUCUUCAUCUCUCACAGGUUUCAAUUGUUGCAUUAAUCUUCGCCGUUAAGAUCACCGUUCAAGAAUCAAGAUUGACUUCAGCCGAAUCUAAGUUCGCGUGUAGUAUAAAGUUAAAGCAGUUUUCCGCACGAUGA